CCCCGCGCGAUUGGGAGCCUGAACUAGUUAGUCGGCCUAGGUGCAGAACAGUUUUCGCGCGUACGGGAGGAGAGGAGAGCUCGAUCCCCCGUCCCAUUCGGCGGAGAAGAAGCUGAUCGCCGCCUUCUCGCUCUCUCUGCCCUGCUCCCGGGGCCGAGAGGGGAGGAGAGGAGGCCACGUCACGCCUUGAAGCAGGGCGCGAGCGAGGGAGCCGGGCGGAGGGAGAGAGAGGCCGGGGCGAUCGAUUAAGCUGGCGGACGGAACGAUGGCGAGGAGCGGCGGCGGGGUGGAGGGAGGCGGCAGCUGCGGCGGGUUGAAGAAGGGGCCGUGGACGCAGGCGGAGGACAAGCUGCUGGUCGACCACGUGCGCCGGCACGGGGAGGGCAACUGGAACGCCGUGCGCCGGGAGACGGGGCUGCAGCGCUGCGGCAAGAGCUGCCGGCUCCGGUGGGCCAACCACCUCCGCCCCAACCUCCGCAAGGGACCCUUCUCCCCCGAGGAGGAGCGCCAGAUCCUCCGCCUUCACGGCCUCAUCGGCAACAAGUGGGCGCGCAUCUCCUCGCACCUGCCCGGGAGGACGGACAACGAGAUCAAGAACUACUGGAACACGCGCCUCAAGCGCCGGCAGCGCGCGGGCCUCCCGCUCUACCCGCCGGACGUCGAGCGGGAGAUCGCGCUGCUGCGCGCGCAGAACGUGAACCCGUUCGCCGACUCCGACGGCAAUGCCAACGCCAGCGGCAGCCUCCCGCCGCCGCUCCUCUACGACGCGAGCAACCCGUUCGCGCUGCCGCCGACCGUGCCGUCGCCCUCGGGCUCGGCCUCGCCGCUGAUCAACCAGAACUACCCGCUCCUGAACCAGAUGCAGGGGAUGCAGCAGGUGUUCCACCACCUCGCCAGCCAGCAGUCGCCGCAGCCGGUGUUCCACCCGCACCACCAGGACAGCAGCGGCGCCGCCGCGCUCGGCCACGGCGGCUUCGUCUCCGCGGGCCUGCCGCCGCUGCCCACGAGACCGCAGGCGGCGGAGCUCCCUUCGAACCAAUUCGACAGCUCGAGCAGCGGCAGCGGCGGCGGGCUGCUGGAGUCGCUGCUGCUCGGCGACGACCACCUGCCGCGGCACAACCACCCGAGCAUGGUCAAGGUCAGCUCCAUGCCCGCGCUCUCGUACUCGUACCGCGAGCCCGUCUCCAGCAGGCUGCCCGUCCACGGCGCCGGGAGCGACAGCGACGACACCUCGCACUGCCUGCCGGGAGAGGACAUGCACCACGGCGCGACAUGGAACUUCACCUUCGAGGACGUGAAGCCGAUGAAGAGGAGGACGCCGAGCGAGGCGGGGAUCUCCGACAUGUUCGGCGUCGUCGCCCCGGGGGCGGUCCCCGGGGAGUGGUUCGGCACCUGCGGCGGGUCGACGGCGCCGUCGCCGGGGCCGUCGUCAGCCGUCACCGACGACGAGUUCGGCCUGGAGAUGCAGCAGUUCAUGUCACUGCUACCACUGUCGAUUGACGAGCACAGCUGGAACGCGUAA